AUGAGGACUGCUGCUCUCCGCCUGGGCCUCUGGGGCCUCUGGGGCCUCUGGGGCCCCUGUCUCGCCGGGCUCCUGGGGACCGGCCUGGCCGACCCCCCGCCGCUGCCUUGCUCGUGGAGCCCCUGGUCGGCGUGGAGCUCGUGUGACGGCUGCACCGGCGUCAGACGGCGUUCACGCAGUGUGGAAGUGUUCGGCCAGUUUGGCGGCGCGUCGUGCCAGGGGUCUCUGGGGGACCGGGAGUCCUGCCUCACCGAUGCUCACUGCCAGCGGCCGCCUCCCCCUUUGUGCUCCGACUCAGAGUUCCGGUGCGACUCAGGUUCUUGCACCAAGAAGAGAUUUCAGUGCAACGGGGACUACGACUGCGAGGACGGCUCGGAUGAAGACUGCGACCCUCUCCGUCCGCCCUGUGGCUCGGUCGUCCUGGAGAACAACGAACAAGGCCGGACGGCCGGAUACGGAAUCAACAUCUUGGGCUCAGAUCCUCGGAUUAACCCUUUCAACAAUGAUUUCUUCAACGGGAGGUGUACGCGAGUGAGGAACCCGUACACUCUGAAGCACGACCGGCUUCCCUGGAACGUGGGCGUGCUCAACUACGAGACUAAAGUGGAGGAAACCGCCUCCAGAGAGAUCUACGAAGACACGCACAGCCUCCUGAAGGAGCUGCUGACGGAGAUGAGCGUGAAAGUCGACGCCGGGCUUUCCUUCAAGUUCAGCACCAGCGAGCCGACCAUGGCCGAGUCGGCCGCCACUUCCUCCGGGAUCAAACUGAACGCCGAAUACGAGAAAAAAAACAUGAUCAAGGAGGUCUCGGAGUACUCCAACAUCAAGAACAAGAGCUUCAUGCGGGUGAAGGGCACGGUGCAGCUGAGCACCUACCGGAUGCGAUCUCUGGAUCUCAAGAUGGCCGACGAAUUCCUGGAGCACGUCGCCUCUUUGCCCGUGCAGUACGAGAAGGGGAUUUACUUUGCCUUCCUGGAGGACUACGGGACCCACUACACCAAAAACGGGAGGACCGGCGGCGAGUACGAGCUGAUCUACGUCCUGAACCAGGACACCAUCAAGGCCAGAAAUCUGACGGAGAGAAGGGUUCAGGAAUGCAUCAAGAUCGGCAUCACGGCGGACUUGGGGAGCUCGGGCGCCGUGGUCGAGGGGCACGCCAAAAAGGACGACUGCGACACGGUGACGAACAAGAGAGCAGUCGACGUCCACGGCAAAGCAACGGUGGACAUGGUGCUGACGUCGGUCAAGGGAGGCACCCUGGAGAGCGCCGUGGCCAUGCGGGCCAAACUGAACAAGGACGGAGCGAUGGACAUCGCCACCUAUCAGAACUGGGCCCGGACCGUUGCCGACGCCCCCGCGCUGCUCCACAGCGAGCCGGAGCCCAUCUACAUGUUGAUUCCAUUGGCCAUGCCGGGUGCUUACUCCAGGAUACUGAACCUGAAGCGAGCCACCGCCGACUACGUGGCGGAGUACAACGUGUGCAAGUGUGACCCGUGUCACAACGGGGCCACGCUGGCCCUGCUGGACGGCCGCUGCAUGUGCCUGUGCCCACACCUGUACGAGGGCCGGGCCUGCCAGAACCACAAGGGAGAUACGGCUCAGAACCCGGGUUCGAGACCCAGAGGGACUCAUGAAGGACACUGGUCCUGCUGGUCCAGCUGGUCCGGCUGCAGCGGGGCCAAGAGGUCAAGAACACGGGCCUGCAACACAAACGGGCUCCUGGAGGCCGAGUGCAGAGGAGACACACACAGUGAAGACCACUGCUAGGGGGAGCACACACACACACACACAAACACAGUGAAGACCACUGCUAGGGGGAGCACACACACACACAAACAC